AUGGCUGCCCCGGACCUGUCGGCCAACCUCCAGGAGGAGGCCACCUGCGCCAUCUGCCUCGACUAUUUCACAGACCCGGUGAUGACCGACUGCGGCCAUAACUUCUGCCGCGAGUGUAUCAGCCGCUGCUGGGGUCAGCCCGAAGGGCCGUACGCGUGCCCCGAGUGCCGGGAGCUGUCUCCCCAGAGGAACCUGCGCCCCAACCGCCCGCUCGCCAAGAUGGCCGAGAUGGCCAGGCGCCUGCACCCGCCGUCGCCCGUCCCGCAGGGCGUGUGCGCCGCGCACCGCGAACCGCUGGCCGCUUUCUGCGGCGACGAGCUGCGUCUGCUGUGCCCUGCCUGUGAGCGCUCCCGUGAGCAUUGGGCACACCGAGUGCGCCCACUGCAGGAGGCUGCAGACGAUCUCAAGGGGAAGCUGGAGAAGUCGCUGGAGCACCUGCGGAAGCAAAUGGAAGAUGCGCUGCUGUUCCAGGCCCAGGCAGAGGAGACCUGUGCCUUAUGGCAGAAGAUGGUCGAGAGCCAAAGGCAGAACGUCUUGGCGGAAUUUGAGCGGCUUCGCCGCUUCCUGGUAGAAGAAGAACAGCUGUUGCUGCAGAAACUGGAAGAAGAGGAGCUGGAGGUACUGCCCCGGCUACGGGAGAAUGCAGCCAGGUUGGUGCAGCAGAGCGCUGCGCUUGAGGGGCUCAUUGCUGAGCUGGAGGGGCGCUGUCAGCUCCCUGCCCUGGGGCUGCUGCAGGACAUCAGGGAUGCCCUGCGAAGGAUCCAGGAUGUGAAGCUCCAGCCACCAGAGGUGGUGCCCAUGGAGCUAAGGACUGUGUGUAGGGUCCCUGGGCUGGUGGAGACACUGCGGAGAUUCCGAGGGGAUGUGACUCUGGACCCAGACACCGCCAACCCUGAACUAGUGCUGUCUGAAGACCGGAGGAGCGUGCGUCGAGGCAACCUGCGGCAGGCGCUGCCCGACAACCCUGAGAGGUUCGACCCGGGCCCCUGUGUGCUGGGCCACUCACGGUUCACGACGGGACGCCACUACUGGGAGGUGGAGGUUGGGGAGCGGGCCAGCUGGGCCCUGGGUGUUUGCAGGGAGAAUGUCAACAGGAAGGAGACAGGCGAGCUGUCGGCUGGCAAUGGCUUCUGGAUCUUGGUCUUUCUGGGGAGCUAUUACAAUUCUCCUGAGCGGGCCUUUGUUCUCCUCCGAGAUCCUCCCCGGCGCGUGGGGAUUUUUCUGGACUAUGAAGCUGGACACCUCUCUUUCUACAGUGCGACUGAUGGGUCACUCUUGUUUAUCUUCCCUGAGACCUCCUUCUCUGGGACACUCCGGCCCCUCUUCUCACCUCUGUCAAGCAGCCCGAUCCCUCUGACCAUCUGCCGGGCAAAAGGUGGGCCUGGGGACACACUAGUUCCCUAG